AUGUUCAGAAAUAAAAAGUUUUACUUCUUACUUAUUUUUGCAUUGUACUACACUAAAUUAAAACUUACUCAUCUAAUGUCGAAUAAUCCUGUGCUAAUGAAACAAUAUGUUCAGAAUAUUUUCCUGAAGUUGCAAAUUUUUUUCAAUAGAUACUCAAUUCCUCAUACAACCAACAAUGUUUUCGAGCAUAACCGGUUAUUUUCUCGAGAAGGUUUGGUUUCAUGUUUGGAGGAUUCUGUUGAUGAAAUUCCAAAUCAUUUAACUACUAGCACUAGUAUUGAUUUAGGUACUAGCGAGUUUUACAACAGUAGCACAAUUGAUACCACUCACAACGAAAAUCCAAAUCCAAGUAUAUCAAUCGAACAAAUUUGUUCCAUGAUUGAUGAAGAAUUGGAAAUUAUCAAUGAACAUGAUUUAAAUAAUCGAUUAGAGUCAAGAGGCAGUUUUCUAACAAUAUCAAGACAAAUGAAUAUGUUAGGAUUUCCUACUUUGCCUCGAAGUCAACCUUGUGCUUAUCAAUCAACGAAUCAAAACUUAUGGAAUGUGAAAAGUAUUUUACCACAUACUACUGGUAGCGCUUUAUCUAUAAACAGUGCUGCCACUCCUAAAAAAAAGAAAAUGAUCAAAAUUCUCAAAAGUAAAAAGAAGAGAGUUCAAACGGCAUAUUAG